AUUGUCAUGGUUGUGAUAUAGAUAAUCGCGACAGCCACAAUUAGUCACGAAAAAUAUUAUACAUAAAGAACAACAUUGUAUUCGUACAUUGUAGUCGUGACUGAGUGAAUAGUUUGUAGAACGAGGGAAGAAGUCGUCUACCCGCACGGCCUGCUGGGUAAUAUGUUAACGACAUAGCUACGUUGAUUAGCGUGUGAAGCUGGAUAAGUAUAAGAAAACAUAUUGGAGUGAACUAAAUGUUUUACUGACGAAUUGCACAGAAACUGGAGGAAGCGAAAGACAUGUCUGUCUCUCUGACAGAGGAAAGAGACAGGAUCCAGCGACAGGUAGAGAAGCUGGAGCAGAUUCUGUCUGUCACAAACACUGACCUGCAGCUGUUGAGCAGUGAUACAGAUAAUGAAUCUAACAGUGAUAAAGAGACCGAGGCAGAUAUCUUGGCUCAGAGAGAGAAGAUCCAGAAAGAAAUUCAGAACCUGGAGAGUGUCCUCGGACCUCACAGUCUGUCCUGUGUGUCAGAUGAUGAAAGCAGCAGCAGCACCAGUGAUGAUAGCGAGUUGGGACUGUCGCUGUCUGUAGAGUCCUGUCUUCAGAUGAACCUGGUUUACCAGCAGGUGCUUCAAGAGACUCUUUCCAAGCUGGAAACACUGCUGACACACAACCAAAAACAGCAGAAAGAAGUAAUAUGUCAGAUGUCUGGACAAAGCAAAGAACCUAAAGAAAGGGUCAGAUCCUCCUGCCCCUCCUCCUACGAAUUACCAGUGACCAUGUACCUGGGUCGAUUCCUCAAACCCUACUUCAAAGACAAACUGACAGGACUGGGACCACCUGCCAAUCAGGAGACAAGAGACAAGGCCAGCAAGCUGACAGGAUUUCCAGAUGACGACAGAAUGAAAACGAAACGAUGGGAGAGUUGGCAGAAAAAGUUGAUAUUUCACGCAGUUUCCAGAGACACCAUGAUGAAACUGAUCCAACCCAAACUUUCCAGGGUGGAGUUCCUGUCUAAGAAAAUUACCUCCACGACAGAUGAGAUGGAGAAGCAACAGAUUAGGAAUCAGAUUGACCAUCUGGAGAAAGAAAUCGACGGUUUCAGAAAUAUGAAAAAGGAGGAUCUAAUGGGCGGACGUUUGGAUGAACAUGAUUGGCAGAAGAUCUGUAAUGUGGACUUUGAAGGGACGAAGUCUGCAGAUGACAUCAAAUUCUUCUGGCAGAACUUCCUUCAUCCGUCUAUCAACAAGUCAACCUGGAGUAAAAAGGAGGUGGCGCAGCUCCGAGAAGUUAGCAGCAAACAUGGAGCGAGACACUGGGAUGUUAUCGCCGAAGAAGUCGGGAUGGGAAGGACAGCCUUCAUGUGUCUCCAGACGUACCAGCGCUUUGUCUCGAAGACAGUGAAACGCAGCAAGUGGACCCCUGAUGAGGACAAUCAGCUGAGAGAGCUGGUGGAAAAAAUGAGGAUUGGAAACUUCAUCCCCUAUACGCAGAUCAGUUACUUCAUGGAGGGCCGGGAGCCCAGUCAGCUGAUCUACAGGUGGAACCACGUCUUGGAUCCCACGCUAAGGAAAGGUCAUUGGACCAAAGAGGAGGACCGGCUUCUCCUUCAAGCUGUUGCUCGUCACGGGGAGAAAAAUUGGUGGAAAAUCAAGUUGGAGGUUCCUGGACGGACGGACACUUCCUGCAGAGACAGAUACUAUGACACUCUGAAGUCAGGAACAAAGCGAGGUGCAUUUAGUGAAGAAGAGAAAGAGCUGCUGCGGACACUGGUCCAGAAACACGGUGUCGGUCGCUGGGCAAAGAUUGCCAGUGAGAUCCCCAAUCGCAUUGACGCCCAGUGCAUGAGGGCGUGGAGGAACAUAAACAAAGCCAAUAAACCCGCUAAGAGAAAAAAGGUUGAGACGGACACGGAUGUGGAGACUUUAACUGACGAGAGCACGGCUGAGAGCACUGAGGAGGAGGAGGACACAGAGGAAGAGGAGGAGGACACAGAGGAAGAGGAGGAGAAUAGCGCUUCUCAUCCUGACAAAGAGAAAGACUACGUCCACACCAUCCCACCAAUGAAGGAGUGGAUUCCAGUAACUAAAAAAGAAAAUAAAUCCUUAUCCUCUGAAUUCCUGGUGGUGCUGCCUUCUUCUGCUGACACUGGGACAAAAGUUCGCUCAACUAUUGUGUGCAAGUUUGGAUGCUCUGUGUUCAUCGGUCCAAGUCCCAGAAAGCUACGCGGGGAUGAGGUUGUCACUGAGAACACAAUGUUGAUGGUUUCAUAUAAACAACUGCAAGAUUAUCUGUACCACAAACUGACCAGGGUCAAUAGACACAGGUCCACAAAAAAACCGGGCAGAGUGACGACCUCAAAUGUGGGCCUUCACCUUCAGGCAGCGGUGGCGCCCUGGAUCGGCAACUUGCUGAUCCCGGAGUCAAACUUAGAGAAGGGUUUUGACAGACUGAGGGAGCUGGGAGGGAAAUCACAGGUCUCCUCGACGUCCAUCUUUGUGUUUAUGUUGCUGGUCAUGAAAGUGGACACCAGUGGGUGCAAGGCAGUAAUACAGCAGAGGAGAUUUGGGGUGGGCCCCUCUUCCAAGACUGUGGCAGGGAUCCUAGAGCAGAGGAGAACUGCCAACAGGAUGUUUGAACAGCAACAGAGGUCGUCCCUAAAUGCGCUCCAGACUGUGAAACCAGUACAGACACUGCAGCACCAAAUACUCCAGCCACUACAACAGUUUCCUGUCAUUCUUCCUGCAUCGAAUGUGCUCCAGACGUGUCCUGGGAAACCUCCAGAGAUGUCUCCCGUGUUUGUUUCUCAACCUUUUUUUAUCACAAAUCCUGUCCUCCAGCCCCCACAACGUGCGGCGUCUGUCAAGCAGAACAUACCAACCUACUUCCUGAAUGCAUCUUCUGUACCUCCAUCCAGACUUCUUUUACAUGUACCACCUAUUGCACAGACACUCAUGCCCCCUAGUGUGACUCCCAGCAGCGUUUCAGUCCAACCGCAGUCCCUACCGAUAAAUCCGACCCUCAAACUAGUGCAGCCAUCUGUUCCCAACCAGGCUGUGCUUCUGUGGUCCACACCCAGUCAACCUUCCCAAACCUCUGAAGUCUCCAACAUGACUAAAUAUAAAAGCACUGACAGUACAUCCUCUACUUCAAACUUCACCAACGUUCUAUUGGACCAUGACUACGCAGUUCCUUCAAUCAAGGACCACGGCGUCACAGUUGACUCCUGUAAUCAACACAAAGAGAGAAAACGAGAACGAGAGGAGAAGAAAGACAGAGGGACAAAUGUGCAAGGCGGCAAAAAUCCAAAUGGGACGGGUGAGGCAAAUAGGAGUGAGGUUAUGCCGCAGAAAAGGAUACGAAAGCCGUCUCUAAAGGUCAAAGAAAUGAAGGAAACCCGUGACGCAGUGAAAUAUAAAAGCACUGACAGUACAUCCUCUACUUCAAACUUCACCAACGUUCUAUUGGACCAUGACUACGCAGUUCCUUCAAUCAAGGACCACGGCGUCACAGUUGACUCCUGUAAUCAACACAAAGAGAGAAAACGAGAACGAGAGGAGAAGAAAGACAGAGGGACAAAUGUGCAAGGCGGCAAAAAUCCAAAUGGGACGGGUGAGGCAAAUAGGAGUGAGGUUAUGCCGCAGAAAAGGAUACGAAAGCCGUCUCUAAAGGUCAAAGAAAUGAAGGAAACCCGUGACGCAGUGGCUGAAGUCACGAAGAAGAAAGUCGCCUGCUCUCAAAAGUCAAAAGUCGGCAAAGUAACAACGAAGAAAGUUGUCCAACAGACACAGACUCCACCUUUAGGUCCAAGUCCGUCCACGAGUGAAGUGACUCCUGGUGGACACGUCCUCCAGGCGCACUCCCAGCUCCAAAGCCCACUCCUUGUUGUCACUCCCAACCCUCCCACCAUCCCCGCUGCUCAUCGGCUCCUUCCUCGUCGGAUCCUCCCUCGUCAGGAACUCCUCCCUGGUCAGAGACCCCUCGCACCUCAACCACCAUUAGUCUCCGUAAAUCCGAGACGGUUCAUUCCGAUUUGUCCUGCCGUCCCCAAAACCUUCUCCUCUGGUCCUCUCCCUCAGACCUUCAUCUUACAACCCAUCCCAAACCCGGGACUACUGAAUCCUCCCCCUACCCUUUUGUCUGAAGCCUCACAGCCUAUUGGAGGUGUGGUCAGACCAGACACUCCUUCUCAUCCUCCUGCUCCUGCCUCUUCUAGCAAGCCUUGUCAGUUUGACCCUUCCCUCAUGUUCCUGGAAUCCCAGGAGGUUGUGAAGGAUUGGCUGAGUGGAAAGGGAGGGGUGUCGGCACCUGAAGUGGGCGUGGCUGUGCCCUACCUGCCACCUUUUGUCAGCAAUCUGCGCAUGCUGUCGGCGCUUCUCUGCGCAAAAAAGUCACUGACUGAAUCAGCACUGCAGCUGCUGGGUGAAGACCAGCAGACGGGGACUCAAACACACUCCAGACCUGAGACCAGCACAAACCAGACCUGCAGUCCUGUUCCAUCAGACCUUCCAGAUACCCCCGCCACUACCGUGCUUAGCGUGGACGACAAUGCGUCAGCAGCGCCCUCUGUCAACACUGACCUGCAGGGAGCGAAAAAGGAGGGAGUGGAGGUAUCGGAGGAGGAGGAGGAAAAGCUUUUGGCAGAAGUAUCCAAGCUGGUAACAAAUGGUUUCUCCGAAAACCCCGCCUACCAGAUGUUGAAGGCUCGCUUCCUGUCCUGCUUCACUGUCCCCGCCCUCCUGGCCACCAUUCAGCCAAUGACCUGUGAGGAAAGAGAGGAGAACGAAGAGUACGAUGAGCAGGAGGAGAUGUUCAAGAAAAUGAAAGAACGAUCGAGGCAGAGGAGAGCACAGAAAUCUUUGUUGGUGUGUGAGGAAUCAGGAAAUCCAGCUCAUUAAAUCUCAGGAAUACGCAACAUUUGAAGUCCCUGAUACAAGAACUGAGCCUAACUAAUAAUUAGCUCACGGCAUUGUCCAUCAUGUGUUCAUGGUAAUAUUGGUUUUUUUUUGUAUUUUUUUUUUUUAUUUCAACGUCAUCCAAGUUUUUUUGAGUUUGGUCAAACUAACACUUUAACAUAAAUAUUUAGCAUUUGAACCAUUAUUGUGAUAAGGUUUUCUUAGAUGAUUCCUGGUUUCUGCAGGGGAAUCACAGUUGUGACAUCAGUUUUGAAGGAAGUUGAAAGUUUCAGGUGCAUUCAGGAACCCCAGAGUGAUGAAAUUAAUUUAAAACCAAAAGUGUCACAACUUUUCUUUUGUAAAGUUUCUGCGCAGAAAAGGUUGUUAUUAUGGAACGAACUCCAGAGUGAUGAAAUUAAUUUAAAACCGAAAGUGUCGCAACUUUUUUUUGUAAACAGUUUCUGCGCAGAAAAUUUUGUGUUAUUAUGGAAAGAAUAUUUUUGCAAUAAAGUGAAAGAGAAAUAA